CGCUUAAACCGUGAUCGUGUCGUUCGUCGCUGCUAAGGGCUGGAUAGCGUGCUUCGCGGAAUUCAUCUCACCGACGUUCAUUACUGCGGUACAUUGACGUGACAUGUACCCUGAGAUUCAAACAGACUUGAAGGGGAAAGGCAGACAAAUGCAGGACGACUCAGGGCUUUUCCUCGAACGGUUGCAGACGUUGUUCGACAAGACUUUGGCGGAUCUUCGUUCCUUUGCUGAACGCGAGUCGCGCCCGUUUGAAGAGAUCAGGGACCAAGUGGCGAAGUGGUUCUGCAAGGACCUGUUCAGCCCGGCCACACAGCCGCAAGGAAGCCUGGCAGAGCGAGUUUCUUCUAUAUUGAUGGCGACUUCACAAACACUCGAGUCUCUUGAGGACAUCGCGGGUCUACAGUCGUUCUUCCUCGUGGUCAAUCCCAGUGACCCAUCAGAUGAAGGCUUCCUCGGAGGAACUGUCAUGGGCCGCGAGUUCUGGCGGUGCCAUAGAGGUUGCGGUGCAGCAGGUGCGAAGCUCUUCCAGGAGCAAUGCAUGAAAGCCAAGGAGGCAAAGUCAGGAGAGCUCGCUCUCCCGGACAUCCCGCUCGUGAAUGCGCCGCCUAAGAAGAAGGGCCCGGCAAGCUCGCUUAAGUCUGAGGUGUAUUCCCGGGUACGGGACGCGAUUAGAGCAGCAUCGGGCGUCCGUAAUGCCGAGAUGAAGUGGACGGACCACUCCAAGCUAGACGUCUACGGCAUCCGGGUCGUCGGGUGGCCUCCGUCUGUACCACCCCAGAACCCCUCCACCUUAUCUGUCGCACAGAACAAGGAGGUGCUCGAGGCACUGCGUAAAGGGCGUAUGUACUUCGAACGCAUGGCCGUUCCACAAGAUCUCCCGGAGACCUCAGGCUCAGUCCAGACUGCUUUCAAGGCGACACCCGAGGACGCGAUGGAUAUUUCCUGGGCAUACCGAGACCCUGACGAGCCAGCCGCAAAAGUGAGUGUUGAAUGUUGUCACUGUGAUGUCCUGUGCAAGGGCAGUCGAUGACUGAGCGCGGCGACGGACUACUGUUCACCUGCUUGUCGUUUCUCACAGGGGUCGUCUCCUGGAAAUGAUAGCGGUCCCGAGACGGCAUUGAACAAGGUCGGCGCGGGCGAAAGGCGUAGCAUCGACCCUACACCGUCUGGCUCGUCUAUCGUACCUGAUACGAGGAUGGCGGAAAAUGAUCUCCCGCAGAAGCGACCGCGAUUACAGUAGCUAACAUGAUAUAUGUGUUUAUCCAUU